AUGGGUCGUGUCAUCCGCAACCAGAGGAAGGGUCGUGGCUCCAUUUUCACGGCCAACACCCGCCUGAACAAGGCCCCUGCCCAAUUCCGGACCCUCGACUUCGCUGAGGCUCACGGUUACACCCGUGGUGUCGUCAAGGAGAUCAUCCACGAUGCCGGCCGUGGUGCUCCCCUCGCCAAGGUCCAGUUCCGCCACCCCUACAAGUUCAAGAUGAUCACCGAGACUUUCAUCGCCAACGAGGGCAUGUACACCGGCCAGUUCAUCUACGCCGGUAAGAACGCUGCCCUGACCGUCGGCAACAUUCUUCCUCUCGCCUCCAUGCCCGAGGGUACCGUCAUCACCAACGUCGAGGAGAAGGCUGGUGACCGUGGUGCGCUUGGCCGUACCUCCGGUAACUACGUUACUGUUAUUGGCCACAACCCCGAGGAUGGCAAGACCCGUGUCAAGCUCCCCUCCGGUGCCAAGAAGGUCAUCAAGAACACCGCUCGCGGUAUGGUUGGUAUCGUUGCCGGUGGUGGCCGUACCGACAAGCCUUUGCUCAAGGCUGGUCGUGCCAAGCACAAGUUCGCCGUCAAGCGCAACUCUUGGCCCAAGACUCGUGGUGUUGCCAUGAACCCCGUCGAUCACCCUCACGGUGGUGGUAACCACCAGCACAUCGGUAAGGCCUCGACCAUCUCCCGCUACGCUACCCAGGGUCAAAAGGCUGGUCUCAUUGCCGCCCGCAGAACUGGUCUGCUCCGCGGUACCCAGAAGACCAAGGAUUAA